CUCUGCAUCUCCAGCAUGCUGCGUCUGCGCCUGUGUGCCGUCGGCCUCGUGGCGUCUGGCCUCGCCUCAGGCCUGGCGCUCGCGUUCCCGCUGCUCGUCAACCCGCACUUCGCCUCGGCGCAGGGCGACGCCGUCAUGCCCGCCGCCGCGAGCGCAAACCUCAACCUUGCGCAGCGCCUGACGCUCUGGAAUCGGGCCUACGGUCUCGGCCAUUAUGUCCCCGUAUUUGCUGUAUCAGCAGCUUGUGCGCUGGCUGGCGCCGGACAGCACGCCGCAGUGCCGCUGCGGCGCUGGCUGCUCGGCGCCAGCGUGCUGCACGUGUCGAUCAUCCCCUUCACGCUGCUCUGCAUCAUGCCCGUCAACAUGCGCCUGGCCGAGCUGCGCAUCGCGGCCAACAAGGGCGAGGAGGUCCAGGCGCCCGAGGUCGAGUCGCUUUUCAAAAAGUGGGCUGCGCUGCACAACGUGCGCGUCGCCGUCUCGAUUGCGGCGUUCUCGACGGCCGUCGGGAGCGUCGUCGUGGGAACGCCGGCGUGGUAGGCAGCCGCCGUCGGGCGCAAUGGGAG